UCUACCGGUCAAACAUGAGAACUUCCUGGUACAACUGCAAAUAUCAGUCAAAGUACUUGUUUUAUUUGAAAGCUUCAAAACGUUAAGGCCCUUUUAAGCCCAAUUACAAUCAGAUAUUCUUCACUUUUUAGAGAGUGAUGUUUGGUGUGGCAGCACUGGCGUUAGGAGUGGGAGUUUUGGUGUAUGCGUACCAGAGCAUAAAGCCUCCACCUUCAAAAAUUUGUGGAACACCAAAUGGUCCUCCUGUUAAAUCGCCAAGAAUCAAGCUCAGUGAUGGAAGGCAUUUGGCUUACAGAGAAAGGGGUGUUCCAAGGGAAAGUGCCAAGUUCAAACUCAUCCUUGUCCAUGGUUUUGACUGCUCCAAGGACAUUUAUCUGCCUCUUUCUCAAGAGGUGAUGGAUGAACUGGGUGUAUGCAUUUUGACAUUUGAUAGAGCAGGGUAUGGGGAAAGUGAUCCGAACCCCAAACGCUCAGUAAAGAGUGAAGCAUUCGACAUUCAGGAACUCGCUGAUCAGCUGCAUUUAGGCUCGAAAUUUUACCUUAUCGGGGUCUCACUUGGAACAUAUGCCGUUUGGGCUUGUCUCAAAUACAUACCACACAGGCUUGCUGGUGUAACUCUAGUAGUUCCAGUCAUUAACUUCUGGUGGCCCUCUUUUCCGCCGGAACUGGCGAAUAAAGUCUUCAAAGAGCAGCUCAUUAGAGACCAAAUAAAACUUUCCAUAGCACACCAUUUCCCUGGACUAUUAUACUGGUGGAUAACCCAGAAGUGGUUUCCUUACUCAUCCAUCUUGGAAAGACACCCAAUUCUUUUUAACAAAAGAGACGUAGAAACUGUAAAGCAAAUGUCACAAGUAUCAAAUCCUGAUAAGAUUCGACAGCAAGGCAUUUACGAAUCUCUUGUUCGCGACAUUAUGGUGCAUUUUGGUAAAUGGGACUUUGAUCCAAUGGAGCUAAAGAAUCCAUUUCCUAACAAUGAGGUGUCUGUCCACCUGUGGGAAGGUUAUGCAGACAAGCUUGUGCCAUUCGAAUUGCAGCGCUAUGUGGCGAAGAAGCUACCUUGGAUUCAGUAUCAUGAAGUUUCUGAUGGUGGUCAUCUACUGAUUCAUGAAAAUGUUUUGUGUGAAGCUAUUUUCAGGGAGGUUUUGCUUGGAGAAAAGCCCUCCAUAUAAUAAGGUCAGUUCAGCCACACAGAGAGAAAAAUUCUGCUUCUGGUGAUCAAAGCUAGAAACUCCUCUUGUAUUGUCCAGCUAUAAGAAACUGUUUUCAGAGCAUUUGAAUGUCUUGCUUAGAAUUCAACAAGUAAUUACCUUGUUUAAUUUUCUUGCCAUUGCUUUUGCAAUAAACCAAUUUAGAUUAAUAAGUUAAUGAUCAUGCUGUGUCUUUGACUGCCA